AAAAUUUUAGUGAAAUCUGAUUUCUUUCCCAACGAAAAAGGAAAAAAAAAAACAACACAGAUUUUCUGAUUUCGUGUUCAAGAUCUGAACUCAAAAUUUCAAUUAUCAGUAAAUACCCAUCAGAGAUAUCAACAGAAGAGUUGGUGUUGCAGGAGAUGGAGAAGUGGGUGUUGAGAUACAUAGCAAUGGCGAUGAUGGGGUUGCUAUGUAGUAUUAAAAUGGCAAGUGGGAUUAGAUUUGUCAUAGACAAAGAAGAAUGCGUCUCUCACAAAGUUGAUAAGGAAGGUGACACCCUUCAUAUCUCUUUCGUCGUCAUCGAGACUGAUGAUUCUUGGCAUUUCACCGAUUCCGAUCAAGGUGUUGAUCUCCAGAUAAAGGGACCUUCUGGCGAUAUGCUUCAUGAAUUUGUAGAUAAAACCAGUGAAAAGUAUGAGUUUGUGGUGUAUAAGAAAGGGGUUUACCACUUCUGUUUCACAAACAAGUCUCCAUAUCUUGUAACUGUGGACUUUGACGUGCAUCUUGGACACUUCUCCUACCAUGAUCAGCAUGCAAAAGAUGAGCAUUUAGCCCCUUUGAUAGAGCAGAUAUCAAAGUUGGAGGAAGCUCUUUACAAUAUCCAGUUUGAACAACAUUGGCUGGAAGCUCAGACUGAUCGCCAGGCAAUGGUGAAUGAUAAAAUGAGCAGAAGGGCAUUGCACAAGGCAAUGUUUGAAUCAGCUGCACUAAUUGGGGCCAGUGUUCUUCAGGUCUACCUUCUACGACGUUUGUUUGAUCAAAAGUUCCACAUAUCUAGAGUUUAAUCUCUCAAAGAAGCUGUUGGCCAAGGCAGAAGCAUCAUAUAUUUGAGAGUUUGAUAGCUUUCACUGACGAAGAGAAGGGGGACUGGUAGCUCAUGGCCUCUAAGUUUUGUUUGACCCUCCCUUUUAUCUUUACACUAUAAGAGCUUACUAAUUUUUUGCUCUUUUAUUAAGUUAUUAAUUAUUUUGUUUAGCUAUAUAUAUAUUUUGAAGUUUCCUUUUUAAUGACAAAAAUCAACCUAUAUUUAGCUGAGAUCCAUGGUGUCUAUAACUAAUAAAUACACAGGUAAGGGAGUUUUUUUUUUAAAAAAAAAAAAAUUGAACUCAAAUUAUUAUGAAUUUAAACCAUAAAAUUUGUAAAGGAUUGUAAAUUUCACAUACGUAGGACUUGGGUAAAUUA